AUGGAGUUUCUAGAUGAAGAUACUCUGGAGGUUAUUCCCCUCUUUGUUAUUCGAGGCGACGUCCCUGGCCCUUCUUCCACAGCUGGAAGUAAUCAAGGUAACAUUCCUGAUAAAUCUCCUCAUAAAGAUGACAUGCACUUUACAGAUCGUGCCAUUAGAAACCUAGUAACUAGGAUUCUAAACGAAGGGCAUGCAGUCAAGGGUAAAACCUUGCCUAGUAAGAAACCAGUAGAUGGUUCUCAUGAGACUACUGAGAAUGAUAUUAAUAUGGAGGAAGAGAGUUCAGAGGAAGAGGAUGACACCUUGGUUCAUCAUGUAAAACCAAGUGUUGCUAGGAAAUUGAAGACCAGAAAAAGGAAGACUGUGGUUGAAAUGAUGACAGUAAGAAGAGGGAAAAAGGUUGCUGGUGUAAGACCCUUCAAAUCAUGGAGUAAAGUUGAGACUGUUAAGAAGUCUCCAGGAAAAGUUGCAGUUGUGCACUUAGAUAACAUCUCUUUCCAUCUAGAAGAUGGUGCUGCAAAGUGGAUGUUUGUCAUUCAAAGGAAGGUUGUUGUUGAAAUGGAGUUGGGAAAGGAGGCUGUAGAAGUGAAGGAAGUGAUGGAAUUGAUUAAGGUUGUUGGACUGAUGAAAACUGUGGUUGCUUUGCUCCAAUGCUUUGACGGGUUAGUAAAAGAGUUUGUUAUGAAUAUCCCAGAGGAUAUUUCUGAAAAGAGUAACAAGGAAUUCUGCAAGGUUUUUGUAAGAGGUUGA